AUGAAGGCAUUGAUUUACUCACUGGUUUGGAUUUUAUUUAUCGAUAUUUCGAUACAAUUAUCAUUGAAUGAGAAACAUCUUGAAAUAUUAUCCAAUCUAAAUUUUCAUUCGUUACCAUCUGUGUAUCAACAAAGUCUACUUGAAGUUCGAGCUAAAGCUGAGGGCCGUGCCGAUACAAACACAUGGUGCUGUAAAAAUGGCAAUCCGGCUAAAAUGAAAGUAAUUACAACAACAUUCAUUCGUUGGGAACCCACAGGACAAACUCAAGCGGUUCUUGUCGGUCAUGAAAGUUGUGGAUUUGGUGGAUGGUCAUCAUGUUCUGUUUAUGGUAUUCAACAUAUACCAACCUCAUAUAUUGAUUAUGGUCAUGAACUUGUUCCCGACGUGGAAAAUAGCCAAUGUCCAGAAAAUCAUCUCGUCUGUUGCAAAUCUAUGAUUCCAGUAGCAGGCUUUUGCAUGAGUAUAAUAGAUUUCAAUCGUGUUGUUGCUGAAUGGUCAAAAUUGCAAGCAACUCAUCCUGAAGCAACACUCGCUAAUCUUAUUGUAACAAUUCAAAAUAAUGGUUUAUCCUCAUUAAGCGGUUGA